AUGGAUACGUAUUUACAAACUCGAAAUUCUGGGAUAGUUCCAUUUAUCACUGCACUUACUGCAACUGCUACUUUACGCGCCAACGAUCACGCGUCUCAAUCUCACCUCACCGCGGUGAGGCGGUUAAACAACUUGUCCAUAUUUUCCGGACUCUCGUUUCGGUUUCGAAAAUCUCUGAACUCUCGACUCAUCGAGAAUUCCCCCGGAAACAACGGUUUCGGCGUUGAUGAUGCGGUUAUGGCAGAGAAUGUGGUUGUUGCAGAGACGGAAGGAGAGGGGAAAAAUGUGAACUGGAUUUUCAAGGUUUUUGAACUCAAUUCUGUUUGGAGAGGAGAACAAGAGAGUGGCGAUGAUGAUGAUGAUGAUGAUGAGUGUGAUAGUUGUAGUGUUGAUGAAGAUGAAGAUGAGGUUUGGUUUGAUAGAGAGUUGUUUUCGAGAAUGCUUCGUAGGGUAACCCUAGUUGAAGCAAGAAUGUAUGCGCACAUGUGUCAAUUGGGGAAUUUGGCAUACUCUAUUCCCAAUAUCAAGUCAGGAAACCACUUGAAAAGAUGUGGUGUUCAAUUUGUAACUUCAUCGAUAGAGAAAAGGGAAAUGGCUGCAACAGCUGAUAAAAAUCUGGCAUCUGCUGCAAUUCAGAAAGAAGAGACCAGCGAAAAAGACACUGGAGAAAAAAAUGAGGAAAAGAAUGAUGAGUUGAUGAUAAAUGCAUCUGCUGCUUGUGAGAUUGCAGUGGUUGAAGGUUCAGUUGAAGCAAGUAGCAGGGUCAUUGAUACUGUGAAUGUGAUAAACACAGAUGUUGGUUCUUUGACGGCAACCACUGAUUCAAAGACACCAGUUAUUGUUGCAGAUGAGGACGUAAAACAAGCUUUUGCUGAUGAUUUGAAUUCAACAAGUUCUACACCAUGUGAAUGGUACAUAUGUGACGAUGACCAGAGUUCUACAAGAUAUUUUGUUAUUCAGGGUUCAGAAUCAUUAGAGUCCUGGCAGGCAAACCUACUUUUUGAGCCAGUUCAAUUUGAGGGGUUUGAUGUCCUUGUCCAUAGGGGUAUAUAUGAGGCUGCAAAAGUGACAUAUCAGCAGAUGUUACCUGAGGUUCAUGCUCACCUAAACUCUCAAGGCUCUCGCGCAACUUUCCGUUUCACUGGCCAUUCUCUUGGGGGAAGCUUGGCAUUACUUGUAAAUCUUAUGCUGUUGAUAAGGAAGGAAGUGCCAAUGUCUUCUUUGCUUCCUGUGGUAACGUUUGGUUCCCCGGCCAUCAUGUGUGGAGGUGAUCAUCUCCUUGAAAAGCUAGGAUUACCACGAAGUCAUGUUCAAGCAAUCGCAAUGCACAGAGACAUAGUACCGCGAGCAUUUUCUUGCAAGUACCCUAACCAUGUCACAGAACUAUUAAAGGCAGUUAAUGCAAGCUUCCGUUGUCAUCCUUGUCUUAAUAACCAAAAGCUGAUAUAUGCACCAAUGGGUGAACUAUUGAUUCUGCAGCCAGACGAGAAAUUUUCACCCAGCCAUGAUUUUCUGCCAUCAGGUAGUGGUCUAUACCUUUUGAGUGGCCCUCUUUCAGAAUCCAGUGACACAGAAAACCAGAUCCAAGCUGCUCAAUUAUUCUUCUUGAACUCCCCGCAUCCACUUGAGAUACUAAGUGACCGAUCCGCCUAUGGUUAUGGAGGAACCAUACAAAGGGAUCAUGACAUGAAUUCAUACUUAAAAUCCAUUAGAACCGUGAUUCGCCAAGAACUUAGCCAAAUCCGCACAGCAGCAAGGAGAGAGCUAAGACGGAAGGUGCGGUGGCCUCUCGUGGCACGACUUGUAAGCGAUGCUGACAUUGUUGGUGGGAGGUCUAUGGUAAGGGUCCGUAUAAUUCAAGACCAGCCUCCCUUUUCAGGUAUUAUACAGAAACCCUUGAAAAGGUUCAGUAGGCUUGUUGCAUCUCAACAUAUGCAAUUAUUUGUGAUGUUCUUGUUUCCGGCAAGGUUGUUACUCUUGGAAACAUGUAACAUGACUAGUAUAAGUUAA